AUGGGUUGGCUCACUUAUCAAUUCCUUGACCUGUCCCCAACCGAGAAACAGGACCGCCGCCAGACCCUGGACCGAUAUGCCCUCUACGCCCAGCUCUCUGCCUUAGUUCCCCUCACCGCUGUGCUAUUGUAUCGGCUGAGGAAAGCCAUUUCACACGCGAGUUGGCUAGGCUUGAACGCGAAGAAGGCAGGGAGACAGUAUGAGGCUGUCCCGGGUUCUCCGGUGCUCAAGGAACGCCGGUUGAGCAGUGCGGGCGUCUGGGCUGCGCGGUCGCGUAGGUUGCGGUGGUGGCUGGGCGAGGAUGUCGUGCUAGCUGGGUUAGUAUUAGGCCAGCGUGAUCAAUGGAUUGUCGGGCUGCUAUGGACCACCUGGCUGCUUUUUAUCAGCGCCCUGGAGACGGGAGAAGACUACCUCCACUUAACAAAGCGCCUCGGCCUCGUUGCCGUCUCGCAAUGGCCGCUGCAAUACCUCCUCGCUCUGAAGUCCUUGAACCCGGUCGCCUACUUAUUCCAAACCUCCCAUGAGCGGGUCAACCGCUGGCAUCGUGUCCUGGCCCGUAUCACCAGCGGGUUGCUAUCUCUCCAUGUCGCGCUGUACUUGAACUUCUUCGUUAAGACCAAUCGCCUGUACCGGUUGGCUGAACCUGUCGUCUUCUUUGGCGUUUUGGCCUUUUCCGGUAUUCUUCUCAUCCUCUCGACCGCCCUUCACCCAGUCCGGCGGUACUCGUACCGGCUCUUCUUCAUCGUCCACCUCAUUGCGGCCAUCAUCAUCCCUAUCCAGAUCAUGAUACACGCCCCGCCAGCGAGGGCGUACCUACUUGAGUCCCUUGGCGUCUUCUUUGUCGAUCUGGUCUCCCGAAAACUGGACACCGUGACGGGACAAGCCACUCUGGAAUCCAUCUCCGGCACGAGCCUGGUCAAGAUCUCGGCCAAGAUCCCGCCUUCUAAGGUUGACCGAUUCCGCGCCCACCCUGGCGCACACAUCUACCUGAACGUUCCAGUGGUAGCUCGCAAGUUUAUCGGCGGCGCUUCGAUAUCGCAUUUAUUGUUCGAGUUCCUCUUCAACCCAUUUACCGUAGCCGCUGUGGAUGGGGAUGAGAGUGGAGAUUUGACCCUGGUUGCGCGACACUACGGAGGGCCUAUGACCACGGCGUUAAAGCGUUUUACAGAUGGAUCUGCGAGCUCAGACGGUGGUGCUGUGAGUACAAGUGCCAGCGCGGGCUCCGCCGGAGGAGGGGACGGGGCCGGGAAUGGUACCCGGGAAACAAUCCCCCUAUCCAUUGAAGGUCCCUACGGAGCAGCCGAGCGCCACGUUUCACUCCUCUAUUCCAAAUUUGACCGGAUCCUGUUCGUCGCGGGGGGCGUCGGCGCCACAUUCACGCUUCCGCUGUACCGGGCCGUCGUCAAGGAGAGUCCGACCACGAAGGCGCAGAUGGUGUGGGCUGUUCGGAGCGCCAGAGACGCCACAUGGGCCGCGGAUAUGACCACAGGCGGGGAAGAAGCUGGAGCGCUGUGGAAGGACGAUAAUGUUCACAUUUUCGUGACGGGCGAAGCGGCCGAUCCUGAGGGAACCGAGUCUCUUAGGCGGCGGACACAUAGUAGCCAUCGUGGUGCCACGGUCAACGCUGGUAAUAGCGAAGGGGAUGGUGGUGACGCAGGGGCUGAGGUUGAGAUGAGCACCGUGGGCCGAGACAACCGCGGGGACCGGGGCAUGGCGCAGUACCAACUAAAGCGGCCGGAUCUGAAGAAGUUGGUCGACGAUUUAUUCAAGCACAGCCAAGAAGAGCGGGUUGCUGUGCUGGUGUGUGGCCCUGCAGAGAUGGCCAGGGAGCUGAGGAUGCACCUCGGAGUGUGGGUGAACAAGGGGCGGUCAGUUUGGUAUCACAAAGAGGGGUUUGGUUUCUAG